UGUCGGGGCAACAUUGGUAUCGCCGUCGGCCUUGGCUUCUCGGUCAUCGGCGCGGCCUGGGGCAUCUUCUUGACGGGCUCGAGCUUGCUCGGCGCUGCGGUCAAGGCGCCGCGCAUUCGCUCCAAGAACUUGGUGUCGAUCAUUUUCUGCGAGGCGACGGCCAUUUACGGUGUCAUUAUCUCGAUCAUCUUGCAAAACAAGGUCGAGGUGCCCGGCGUGCGCGGCCCGCACGACGCGCCGCUCGACCUCAACCAGCUCUACUUUGCUGGCUACGCGGUCUUUGGCGCCGGCCUCGCGGUCGGCCUCACCAACAUUGCGAGUGGCAUCUCGGUCGGCAUCGCCGGUAGUUCGUGCGCGCUGGCCGACGCCCAGAACGCCAACUUGUACGUCAAGAUUUUGAUUGUCGAGAUUUUCGCCAGUGCGCUCGGUAUCUUUGGCGUCAUCGUCGGCAUCAUCAUGUCCAACAACGCGGGCUUCCCCAAGUAG